GCAAUAAUGAACUUGAAGAUUGUAAACAAUAACAUUGUGGAGAAGAUCAUCAUAGUUAUCAUAUUUAUUUCAUCCUUUCAUCAUCCAGUGAUUUAAUAAGCCAUAUAAAUGACAGAAACAUUGCAGAUAUAUAGUUUCAGCAGUGUGCAACAUAAUGUACACUCUCAGAAUUAGUCACCCUGCCUUGAUGGGAUGCGGCUGGUUUCAUGAAAAAACAAAAUAUAAAAUAAACAUGAACUUUCAUAUAGGAGAAAAAAAUUAUCAGUGUUCAAAAUGUCUGAAAUUUUUUUUAACAAAAUCAUCUCUAAUAAAUCAUUUGAGAGCACAUACAGGAGAGAAACCAUAUCAGUGUUUGGAGUGUCUCAAGGCCUUUUCUAAAAAGUGUAAUCUAAUUAAUCAUCUGAGAGUUCAUACAGGAGAGAAGCCAUAUCGGUGUUUGGAGUGUCAAAAGGCCUAUCAACAUAAAUCAUCUCUAAUAAAUCAUCUGAGAGUUCAUACGGGAGAAAAACCAUACCAGUGUUCUGUCUGUUUGAAGACUUUCUCAUUGAAAAAAAGUCUAAUAACGCACCAGAGAUUUCAUACAGGUGAAAAAUGUCACCAAUGUGUCGAGUGUCGAAAGGAUUUUUCAACAAAAUUCAAUCUAAUAAAACAUAUGAAACUUCAUACUGGACAGAAACCAUAUCAGUGCUCCGAGUGUCCAAAGGCUUUUUCAGAAAAAUCAAGUCUAAUAAAACACCUGAGAGUUCAUACAGGAGAAAAACCUUUUCAUUGUUUAGAGUGUCUAAAGACCUUUUCACAAAAAUCACAAUUAAUACAACACAUGAGAGUUCAUACAGGAGAGAAACCAUAUCGGUGUUCAGUGUGUCUAAAGGCUUUUUCAGGUAUAUCAAGUUUAAUAAAACACUUGAAAGCUCAUGUUGGAGAUAAACCACAUCAGUGUUCAGAAUGUCAAAAGGCCUUUAUAGAUAAAUCAGAUCUAAUAAAUCACCAAAGAGUGCAUACUGGAGAGAAACCAUAUCAGUGUUCAGAGUGCCUAAAGGUCUUCUCAAAAAAAUCAGAUCUAAAUGUUCACUUGAGAGUUCACACAGGUGAUAAACUUUAUCGGUGUUCAGAGUGUCUAAAGGCUUUUACAAAAAAAUCAUACCUUAUAAAGCACGUCAGAGUUCAUACUGGAGAAAAACCAUAUCAAUGUUCAGAGUGUCUAAAGACCUUUUCAAGCAAAUCAGCACUAACAAAACACAUGAGAGUUCAUACAGGAGAGAAACCAUAUCAGUGUUCAAAAUGUCUAAAAGCAUUUUCAGAGAGGUCAAGUUUAAGGAAACACUUAAAAGUUCAUUUAGGUGAUAAACCAUAUCAGUGUUCAGUGUGUCUAAAGGCCUUCAUAGAAAAAUCAAGUCUAACACAGCACCUGAGAGUUCAUACUGGAGAGAAACCUUAUCAGUGUUCAAAAUGUGUGAAGGCCUUUUCAAAAAAAUCUAAUUUAACUACACAUUUAAGAAUUCAUACAGGAGAUGAACCUGACUUAGAUCCAGUGCUGGGCUGCAGGACUGUUGAAAUUCAGUAAUUGAAACUUGCCUCAGGUAUAACUCACCAUCAUAAGAAAAAGAAAAUCUAACUUUCAGUUUUGAGAUUGAUUCGUCAGUUCAUUAAUUAUGGUUAACUUUUGCCAUGUCUAUACAGUGGACCCCGGUUAACGAUAUUUUUACACUCCAGAAGUAUGUUCAGGUGCCAGUACUGACCGAAUUUGUUCCCAUAAGAAAUAUUGUGAAGUAGAUUAGUCCAUUUCAGACCCGCAAACAUACAUGUACAAACGCACUUACAUAAAUACACUUACAUAAUUGGUCGCAUUCGGAGGUAAUCGUUGUGCGGGGGUCCACUGUAUAUUCUUCCUUGAGGACUGUAUCAUUGAAUUAUCAUUGGUGAUUUGAUAAAGAAUAAAUAUGCUUAGUUUUCUUUCUUUCAAAUUGUUAUGAAACCACAGUAAAAUAAAUUUUAAUUGUUAAAGAACCAAAAAUAAAUUUUUAUUCUGUUUCAUCAUAUGAAAAUGAAAAUAUUUAUUUUCAUAAAGUAGGGAUGGGACAACACCAAAUUUUUGCAGAUACUGAUGCUCAGGUUUAGCCAAUUCAGAUCCCAUCAAAGUUAGCCGAUAGUGGUACCAAUGACAAAAAUGACCAAUAUUUUUCUGUUACUGAUAUUCUGUUUUAGACCCAUAUCAGCACAGAAAUUGGCUGAUACCCACCAAUACUGAUACUUAAAGUACUUUAUUCAUUUAAUAUAAGAAUACCUGGAGAGAGUUCCGGGGGUCAACGCCCCCGUGGCCCGGUACUGUGACCAGGCCUAAUGGUGGAUCAGAGCCUGAUCAACCAGGCUGUUACUGCUGGCUGCAUGCAAUCCAACGUACGAGCCACAGCCCGGCUGGUCAGGUACCAACUUUAGGAGCUUGUCCAUAUUUAACCAUUUCAGUAUCAUACGUAGAUCUAUGUUACUGAAGCCAGAGCUAAUGUAUAUCUAUGGCAUGAAUUCUACCAGCUUUAAAUUUGGCACAAGAGGUCUGAUAGACCUACCAGGCCUUGUACCAAAUUUGAAGCUGGUAGAAUUUAUGCCAUAGAGCUUCGUUAAUGACUCUGGCUUCAGUGAUGUAGAUCUAUGCAGUGUGUGCAGUAUACAAAAAAAUUAGGGUUUCCCUAAAGUGCAUUGUGGGAACACCAUAAUUAGUACAGCUUAAUCACCAUGCAGCACACAUACAAAGGCUGGAAGGCAUGGCCCACACUCAAUAACACAACAGCUCACAGCUGCCUCCACAACACCCACACAACCAAUGCAACCAACCACUAAUAUUCAGCAACCACCAGAUUGCAUCUGGGAUUGACAGGAAGAUGCAAAUUUUGUUCCCAAUCACCAACAGUUUGAUGACACACACUGUAGAAUUCAUCUCAGCUGUAACCUCAGGAAUGACACGAGUGAAAUUGUACUGUUUAAAAUAUAUUUCAAUGUAUCCCUGAUUCAAAUUAUAGUGAGGGGAAAGCUGCAGAUACUUCCAGUAUAAAAUGACAAGCACAUUAUUUUCCCCACUGUGGCAUGCAAAAAGUAUGUAACCUUUAUUCGACGCAUGUACACACCCUCAUUUACAGGCUAUCUCCCCCAACCAGCGAACCAGGGACUAAGGGUUGACGAUGGGGCCCCGUCGUUCAAUCAGUACCCAGGUUCCAGCCAAUGAGAAGAUGGUUUUGGCAAUCGCAGAGGUGAUGUGGGUGCCACUCGCCUAUCUGCCCUUGUCAUUCCCAUUCUAGAGCUGGUUGAAGCAUGGUCUGCUUUCUAGUGGCUUCUAUUCUGCCUUGCUUACCGUGGAGUGCACUAAUACCUAUUGUUGUACAUAGUGUACAUACUUCUGUUCUAAAUUUGUGAAGGAUAAUAUCAGUCAAAAGUUUUUCUGCUGUGUUUAUUUUGCUCCCUUUACACCCAGGAUAACAGGCCUUUAGGACUCCUGGGUUGUAAUACCCACAAUCAUGGCUAUGCCAAUUCAAAGACACAGCUGUACCUCUGUUGUAUCUCUUCUUUGUCACAGUAAUGCUUAUGCCACAUGUGUAAGUGCAAUAUCAUACUGGUCAACUGACUGCCUAAUUUGUAU